ACGGUCAAAUUUAUAUAAUAAUCUAUAAUCUCGCCAGUGAUUUAGUGUUAAACAAAAAGGCGAGUAAAGCACUGCUUUCAGUUGUUGGUUGCUACGAGAGAAACAGCCAUUAAUAUAAACGAAAAGUCUAUUAUAGGGUUAUGCAAAGAUAAUCAUGGCAUUUGACAACAUUUGCUGCUACUUAUUAUGUGUACUAUGAGUUUAAUACCGGUACCACAAUAAGAAGUGGGAUUAAAAUUUGAAAAAGUGGGAUUAACCUCCAAUAGGCCUAAAUGACUUGGCAUUUAUGAUUUUAGUGGAACAUUACAUUUCUCUGGCAUUGAUUAAACAGCCUAGGGGGCGUGCUCUGAGCGGACAUGCGCCCCCUGCAGUGUUUACUGGGCAAAAAUCAGAUGAUCUGCGUUGUAAAUAGACAGCAGUGAUCGGGCCAUGCCUUGAUAGCCCUCCUCAAAUCGUCACCAGCACCGGAUCAUAUCUGUCCGUACAUCGGGGCUCUCUUCAUCUCCCCUGGGUGUUUCGAGGCGGCGGACUGAGGUGAAAGCAUGUAUCGGUCUCUGUACGCCUUCCGAUCCGCGGAGCCCAACUCGCUGCACUUCGCAGCCGGAGAGAGCUUCUUAAUCCUGGAGAGGAGCAACAAACACUGGUGGCUGGGCUCCCGCUGCAGCUCGGGGGAAACCGGCUACAUCCCUGCGUCUUACAUCGAGAAAAUACAGGCUCCAGAGCAGGAUGAGGUCUUGCAGUCGAUUGACAGAGCAAUUGAAGGCAUCCAUAAUGUGGCUGUGAAAAAUGGAGGCAAAUACAAUCUGGAGCAGCGAGAUGUCCUGCAAAAGUUGAUCCAUCACAGAAAGGAGACCCUCGCGCGACGAAGUUCAACUCCCUCCAGUCACAAGCAAGGCCUCCCAUCUUCCACUAGUGAAAUAUCUCUCAGUCAAACCCCUCCUCCACCCAACGGCCUUAACCGAGACUAUGGACGGCAGGGCAGCGUGCCGUUGUCAGGGAGUCUGGACAAUAUGCAAGGGGAGCGAGGCUUUUACCAGGUGCCUCCUCAGCCUCGACGUGCAGCCCCGAUUACCCCACCGCCCCCAGAGAAACAGCGAGCCUCCCGACGUCCAGAACCGGAUGUCCCCUCUCGAGUCUCCUCUCUCCCUCCGUCCCCUGGCCCCUCCCUCUCUAUCAGCACCACCUCCAUAGACUCUGGCUCCUCCCACUCCGUGGUCUCAUCGGAUGUUAGCCUGCCAAGUGUCUCCAGCACCCCCCCUCCCCCUGUGCCAAGCCGCGUUAAGCCCUGUGCUCCGGCUCUAGACGUGCUGCCCUCUGCCUCCCCUCCCCAGCCGGCUCCGUCGAAGAAGAGCCCGGCACCGCAGCCUCCCCAGCCGGCCCCCCCCUCCCUGCCCGCUGUGGAGGACCAGCCUGACAGUGAAUGGCCUGUCGCCCCUCCCUCUGUCGCUGAAAGCCCUCCUGGCAGCCCCACUACCUCUGAGCCGGUUCCCAUGACGACCGGGGCAGAGCUGAUCGAGCUGGUACGGAAGAACACAGGCCUGAGCUACGAGUUGUCACGGGUGGCCGUUGGCGUGGUGGUGGGCCAUCUGCAAACCGCCUUACCUCAGGCCUCCUCUGCCCUGGAGCAAGUUCUCCUCUCACUGGUGGAGAGCAAGGAUCUGAGUGCAGCGCUGCCACAGGGCCAGGUGUGUCAUGACGAACAGCGGCUGGAGGUGAUCUUUAGUGAUCUCGCCCGCCACCGGGACGACUCCCAGCAGCGCAGCUGGGCCCUUCACGAAGACCACGCACUGAUCGCCUGCUACCUGGAGGAGCUGCUGAAGAUCCUGACUGACGCAGAUCCAGAGGUGUGUAAGAGGAUGUGCAAGGUCAACCACUCGGAGCCGGUGCUGUCUCUUGUGUCAUAUUAUCAGAUGGAACACCGUGUGUCUUUGCGCCUGCUGCUGCUCAAGGUGUUUGGGGCGAUGUGCAGCCUGGACUCCGCCCUCAUCUCCACCCUCCUCAACUCCAUCCUGCCCAUGGAGCUGGCUAGGGAUUUACAGACUGACACACAAGAGCACCAGAAGAUGUGUUACACGGCCUUGGUGCUUACAAUGAUCUUCUCAAUGGGUGAACAGGUGCCAUAUCAUCACUAUGAACACUUGAAUUCCGAGUUUGUUCAGUUUCUCCUGGGCGUGGUGGAGGACGGGCUGCCCUCCGACUCCACAGAGCAGCUUCCUGACCUCUUCCUCAACCUCCUCCUGGCCUUCAAUCUGCACCACACAGUGCCCAGCACCAAUGUGAUUAUGCAGGAACUGAUGAAGAAAAAUGUGAAGAUCCUUACAGAGAAAGUGCUGCUGCUUCUAAACCGAGGCGAUGACCCCGUGUGUGUGUUCAAACAUACCCCACCUGCCCCACACUCAGUGCUGAAGUUUCUGCAGGAUGUUUUUGCCAGCCGAGAGUCAGCGGACAUCUUCUACCGCACUGACAUGAUGGUGAUGAUCGACAUCGCCGUUCGUCAAAUAUCUGACCUCUCGCCUGGAGACAAGCUGAGGAUGGAGUAUCUCUCCCUCAUGCACUCCAUCAUACGCACGACAGACUACCUGGAGCACCGGCAUCGCCUCUCUGACCUGCAGGCGGCGCUACAGAGGAUUCUCAGGGAGGAGGAUGAUGACACGGGAGAGGACAACGGAUGUGCCACAGCCAAACAGAUGGAUAAACUAAUUGUGAAAGAGAUCUAUAAGGAGUUCCCACAGAUCAGUGAGAACAAGGACUAACCGUGUCAGUGUCACAGUCCCACGCUGUAGUCUGCUCCCGUUCAUUACAGGGUGAUUGGUGCGAGCUUACAAGACAAAGAACUGACAUGUGAUGGGACGCCCUGUUCUCUGUGCCAGUCAAUACUGACAAGAGCAAAUCCGUUUUGAGAACAUUUACUCGGACUCACAAUCUGCGGCUGCAGCAUGUGCGCAUCGCUUGCGGUGGUGGCUAAAUCUUCUUCUUUUUCCACAGCUUUUCCCAGCUCAAAUGUUUUUAUUUGAUGAAAGCAUCUGAGGUUUUCUCGCCCUCAGUGCAUAUGGAGAAGGGAAUAAAAUGUGAAUGCAUGAAACAUAAACUUUUGAGGUUCAGUCAUAGAUGGAGAGCUUAGCUUAGCUAAAAUCCACCAGGCCAACUUUUGAUGUGCUCCCUUUUAGUGGGACCAAACUACUGUUUUGCUGUCUGAGGGCAUGUUUUUUUUCCAUAAAUCACUUUUUCAUUCAAAUUGACCUCCUCCCUCAUAGUGUUCAUGUUUCUUGACCCCAACUCUCACCACCCAAUUCCUUAUGAACUGGCAUGGCUGGUUAGAUAACAAGUGAAAUAACAUAGUGAGAAAAGCACAUCCCUAUUGAUUUGUUACAAUUACUAAGCUCUGAGCUAAAUAACUUGCUAUUUAUUGAAAUGGCAACGCUGCUAUGUUCUGAGUCUCCUUUAUACUUAUGACCCUAUGUCUGAUUGGCUCAAUAUUGUGCAUUUUGUCCUUUGGUCAUUUUAACCACACUAGAAAAUGUAAUCUAAGUUGAUUAUGUAUUACUUGUGUAUGUAAAGUAAUAAGUUCCUGAAAUAUCAGAUGUCAUUUACUGUUUACAGAUUUUUUUUUUCCAGAUUUCUUUAGGUUCAACUUAGGUGUUUUUUGUGUCCUGCAUUGCUGCAUUAAUAUUGAACUAACUGUGCUGCAAUAGUGCUUUACAACAACUAACAAUCUUGCUGUAAUAUACCAUGUCUUGGCUAACAGAGCUGACAUGAGCUGCAGCUCUGACAGAACAAAAGGUACUCUAGUCUUACCAGAGAUUUUCAGACUUCAAGUGUUCAGCAGGUGGUCCUACUGAAAUUUCCAGCAGAGGAAACACAGGGCAUUUACUUUACCUCUUCAUGGAUCCUUAAAAAGUGAAAUGUACGGUUGUACUGCUCCUUGCGUUUCUCCAUUAUGAGUGCUUGUUUUUUCGGUAAGUGAUCAGUCACCUCCUGUCUUCUUUUCCUUUUCUGUUUUUGUCCCCGACAGAGAAACACACACAAACAUUCUCCAGAGAUCAGUGUUAUUUGUUUUUAGUUUGUGUCAAAACACUAACAAUCAUUAGCGUUUACCUGUUCCUGCACUGUUCACUGCUUAAUGUGUCCUCAUCAUGAAUUAAUAUUGUCCCCAAAACUCACCUUCCUACCUUGAGCUGGAACUGUUAUAAUAAAAAAACUAAAACUAAUAAAACUAUAUUUUAUCAGUGGAGGUGGUUAGAAUGGCUGUUUAAAAGGUGUGGCCGUAUCAAAGUGUAUUUUCAUAAUGUUCACAAUAUAAUAAAACUCUUAAUGAACACUUG